CUAAAACUUUAAAAUUUGUAAGGAUAUAAAAGUGAAAUGUGGGUAGGGAAACAAAAGUCGAUCGAGAGCGCCGAAAUAGGGUUAGGGAGGGAGGCGGUAUUGGAAGUACGAUGCAAGGCAAGGACUCGACAGAGAUCGAGAGAGGCAUCAUCAUGGAAGAGGAAGAGCCGGCAUUCGUGGUGUGCGGGCAAAGAGCUGUACCCGGUGACGAACUCCCUAGGAAGGGUUUGGCGGAAUUCCACAAGGUGUUUUUGGGAGGGAAGGGGAAAGUUGUUGAGAAUGCGUAUCCACCAUUGCUGAGUAGCUUAGGAGCAUUCUGUUUGGUAGCCUUGCCUCCGCCGCCCAAGGAGGGCGGGGGAGGAGGUCCGACGGUGUACGUGGUGGGCGGUUUGGGUCCUGGUGAGAUAGGUCCACCCAACGAUGAGGACGACGACAAACUAGUUCUCUACCCCGGCGGGUGUCGUCUUGUCGAUGGGGAUCCUCCGAGAUGGGAGCGGAUUCAAACUCCCAUUCACAAUGGUCGCUACUCCACCUGUGCUGUCCAUCAGGGGAAGAUUUAUUGCUUUGCAUGUUAUGAUGUGGAUCCUGAGGUAUUUGAUCCCCUUGAUGGUAAUUGGCACAAAUCCCUCCUAUCUAACCCGCCUCAUUCACUUCGGGAUCUAAGGGUAUAUCGUCCCGUCCUCCCUCAUCCUUCCCAACAUCGUAUCCUUAUUCACCUUUCUGAUGGUUCCCUCUGGGCUUUCUAUCCUCCAACCCGUCUCUCUACUUUUGCUUGGGAGCUUGUUGCCUCCCAUUUUGAUCAUUGGGGCAAUGUUGUUGCUCUUUAUGAAAACCUCAUUUUCAUUCAUGAUUUUUAUACUCCCAGUUCUUUCUUUGUAUACGAUUUAGACACCUCUAAAUGGCUGGAUGUAGUUUGGUCCUCAGAAACCUGUAUCAACAUUGGCUAUAAUAUUACGUCCGUGGGUUUUGAUUCCUUGCAAUGUGUGGGCGAUGGGGUGUUCUGGGCGGCUUCAUGGUCGCCCUCAAUUAAACGUAAUGAGCCCGUCUAUAUUUAUUUCCUCAAGUUCAAAGCAGAGUACGUCCCAGCAACUUCAACCAUUCGCCUCACUCCUCUUACUUCUCAGAUGCAUCCUAUUCCAGGAAACAUCACUGUCAAUCGUUUCCUAUUGCUCCCACCCUAGCUAGAGAUAUUUGUUAUUGCAGGAGGCGUAUGGGGUAUGGCAGUGUUUUUCAGGGGACCUCGAACAAACUCACAUGGGUGCCUCAUUUCCUUUUAUCCUCCCUGUUUUCUGUUUUAUUAGUGAUGUUUACAAUGGUGCGAACUUGAUGUGUCUUGUGUGCUUUGUAUUAUUAAUUUUCUUUGUCUUGGUGGAGGGACACAUAAUAAAUACAUUUGUUUGGAUUGUCAUGUAAUCGAAUUGAUUUGGUUUCCAAUCCCUAAUUUUGGAUGAAUGCCGAAUGUAACUGUUAUUAGAAUUUGAAUCCAACUGUUCCAAAGUGGCAGUGAGCCUUUAGACGCACUGCAAAUGUUGUGGCUGGUAUAGGG